AUGUCAAUAACAAAGACGCAUCAAAAAAUAACGGACAGACAAAAUACUAACACAAAUAACGGCAAUAACAACGGUAAUAGUCCUUUUGGUUUCGGCCAUGGAAAAAACAGCACCGGAUCAAAUAACGGAAACAACAAUGGAAGCAACAACAAUGGACCAAAUAACGGAAACAACACUGGAUCAAAUAACGAAAGCAACAACGGAAACAACAAUAAUGGGUCAAAUAAUGGUAGAAACUACGGAAACAACAAUGCCGGUUCAAAUAAUGGAAACAGAAAUGGGAACAAUAAUCAAGGGAAUAAUAACGGGUCUAAUAAUGGGAAUUGUAAUUCGAGUAGUAAUAACGGAAAUGGAGUUGUUGGUGACAAUCAAGGGAAUAAUAAUGGCAAUGGGAAUUGUGGGAAUAAUGAUGGGAACAAUAGUGAUUCGUCAAAGAAUGCAUCGAGUACGAGUUCAAGCGUUGCAUUUGGGGAAAAAGUUUCGAAAUGUUUAAAGUAUUGA